AUGGGUCUCUGGAGCUCUAAGAAGCACUACCUCAACCAGGUCGGUUUCGAGCAACAUCAAGAACAGCCCAAGCGCAUCUCCACCUCAGCCGGCCACCGCCUCACCGUCAUCCUCGAGAAUGGAAGCUCCGACAACCAAGCCACGAAGGCACGUGAAGCGCAUCGCGAUUUGGGACGGAAAAGCGGCCUGAGCCCUAUACUGGCUGAUGUACCAGAGGACAGGAGUGCGAGCGCCCACUCAAGUGGCUAUAGCUUCAAUGUAUGGAGUGAGAAUGAGAAAUUUGCUGCGCUGCGGAACCACAAGCAGGUCGCGAAAAGAGGAGGCUGGAAAAGGUUACUCAUCAUACUCGCAAUCAUUAUGUUAUUGAUAAUCGCCUUGGGCGUCGGUCUGGGUGUAGGACUGAAGAAGAAGAAGUCCGAGAGCUCUUCCUCCAACUCCGGUACAUCCACCUUUGGUACACCCGCCUCUGGUACACCCACAUCCGAAUCCUCCGACUCUCCAACCUCGACCUCAAGUUCAAUCGCGCAACCCUCCGAGUUCCCUCUCGGCACGUACAGCCUCGUAACCUUCCUUGACACUGUCCAAACGAAUUGCACGUCCAACCCCAUGACCUGGACAUGCGCUCCCUACACCACCUACUAUACCUCAAACUCCAAGUCCCUCGCGACCUUCAACUGGAUAAUUUCCGGCUCAAAAGGCGCCUACAAAAUCUCAUCAACCGACAACCCCUUCAGUCUAUCCUUCAAGAACGCCAAUCUGGAACUUCUCGACGAAGGAAAGGAGCAAGAGCGGUACCGAUUCCAGAUCGAUCAAACAAAGACGGUCAGCCCGAGCACGAACCUGACAUCCGAUAACGCCGCUGUCGAAUGCGAUUUUGUUGGGAACCUACAGGGAGUCAUGUACACGAAGAUGGCGAAGGAGUAUCCAAGCGAUCAGGAUCCCGACCCAGACACGAGUCACACCACUUGGCCGUACGCCGUGCGUGUCGAGCAGACGGCGGCAGGCGGUGAGGGUGUGCCAAAUUGCUACAAGACCACUUCGAGUGGGCAGAAAGGUGAUACCGUCAGCCUUGAAGCAGAGGAUGCGACUACGAUGUGCUCGUGUCUGUAUAAGAAUUGGCAUACGCCAAUGUAG